UAUUAUUGCAUAUUAAUUCUUUCCAAGUAAUGGAGCAAGAACAGGCCUCUGCCUGCAAAGAAGAUAAAGACCAAUCUGUAGGAAAUAAUGGUGGCGAUUUGAGAGAUGACACCUUUUUCAGACUUCUUGAAGACUUGAUGGGACCCCAGUCUGGCGAGAACCUACAUAUCGAUGAAACACUUUGCAAAAACAGGCUUUUGGUUCAAGUGGGACUGUUGAAAGAGGAAAAGCAAGUUCCUUGGUCUAGGAUAGUAAAAUGGCUUCAGAAAAUGUUACCUAUGUAUCAUUCAUCAGAUUUCCGUAGUCUGGUUGAAAGAAGUGUUGCAACAGCCAUGCGUUUAAAUGGGGAGGCUAGAGAAGCAUUCCUGGAAUCAAAAGUUAACUUUGACUUCGUUGGCCCAAUAUGUGACCUCCUUGGAAUUGGAAGAUCAGACCUUUUAGAAAUGUCGGAUUUCUCUGAGCGAGUUGAAUGCACUGAAGUAACUAAUGGAAUUGUUUUGGAGCUGAGCAACUUUGCUACUAGGGAAAAGAUUGCCCCAACACUUUUGGUUCUCUGGUUACGGAAUUUCAAUCCACAGUUCUGUUCUGAUGGCAAAAUUGAGAAGGCCUACCAAUGUCUUGAAAAAAAGAUCAGAAAAUUAAAGGUAGACUACCGAUUACAUCAAAAGAAAGGAUUCAGCAGAAAAGGUAUGAUCGACGUGUUUCUCCAGACUGAAUUCAAUUUGGUUUCAAAUGUGUUCAAUGCCCACACUAAAAGGCCGAACAAAAAGAAACAACGGCUUUCAAAGAAGAGCAGGUCACAAAAGGCAAGUCUUUGUAAGGAAAAAAAGGAAGCCUUAAUUAUGGAUUCAAAACGAAUCAGAGAUCCCGUACUUAAUGAAGUUGAAAAGAAAGUAGUGCUUACAAAUUCCAAAGAACAAAAAGGGCUGUGUAACCUCACUGUAGAAUUGGAACCACCCGGUGUUCUUCAUCCAUAUUGGGCUGGCAGUUCUAGUGUGAAAAUAGGUUGUGAACAACCAACCAACAUAUGCUGUCAGAUGGAGAAACCUUUGGUUAAGGGCACAGUAGUAAAUUCCAAUGACAUGAAGACAGAGGUUUUGAGUCUGCUUGAUGUUUCCAUGCUUUCCCUUCAGAAGUUGUGGAGUGUUUAUGGAGGAAAAUCCCAUGAAUUAGAUGAGGUCUGUAGGGAUCUACUGCAAACACAGUUUACAUUAAUGUUAAAAAAAGACUGUAUAAUGAAAGAGUUUAAUGACAAAAUCAACAAAAUUCAAACAGAACCCUGUUCAGUGAUUCCACCAUUGCAUUUUCUUGACUGCAAUGCACAUUUUCUUCUGGAAGUCAGUGAUGCCAUUGAAAAACACAUAAUUAGUUUUGAAAGAGAAAUUAUUACAGCCACUGGGCAGAGGCUUGGCCGGGACAAGAAUCCAAAGUUUUCCAAUUUUGUAAAUUUUUCAGAAAGUGCUUCUGCACGUUACAUCCGGAUGGCCUGUGAUGUUUUGAACCCAACAAGUGAAACAAGGCAUAGCUGUAAAAGGCAGUGGUUAAUUUUCUGUCAGUUGAUGGAGAAGCCUUCUAAAUUGGCAGCGUGUCGUUCCAAUCGGUUUAUUAGCUACUACGAAUGCGCUGCUAGUGUUGCUCAUCACCAGGAAGACAUCUUGAAAUUCUUUGCUCAACUAAAUAAUUUAGUUGACAGUCCGAAUAUUAUUCAGGAAAGCGUUAAAGAUGAUGCCGGUGAUCAGUUUAUUCAGGCUCUUGUUUGUGUCAUCGCUGUUGUCUACUGUAAGAUCUUGGGUCCUUACUGGCAGUUGCUGAAGAGCAAUGUAGAGUAUCUGAACUUCCGAAGAUAUGUGCAGUGUCUUCACUGGAAGCUCCUUCACUGGGCUGAGGACGCCUCGUCGCUUCUUUUACCCGAGCGCUCAGACAGCAAUGUGUUCCGCCAAUUUACUUUGCAGGAAAAGAAUUUCAAUGGAGUGUUUUCAAAGUGUAAUACCAGUCCGGAGAAGCUUUACGCUGUUCUUAUUGAGAAGUGCCUGGAGAAGGUUGUAAAAACAAUUGCUGAUUGCACAGAGGCUCAUUUGAAAGAUUUCCUGCAAGGUGGACUUUAUAACAAAGAUCCUUCCAUUGAGCUUUGCCUAGAACUGAGAACAUGCCAGUUGUCACACUUGAUGGGUGAAUAUCCUUAUGGUCAUGCCUACCCCUACCAGUGGAAAGUCACAGACAGAUUAGAUGCUAUUCCAAUAAGUAGUCGUCCUAAGUCUACUCGAGGUUCACCAGCUGCACAGACACAGCUUCAGUUUGGCAUUUCAUCUAAAAGUCCUGUGAAGAUGAACCAUAGUUCUCGUUCAAAAAAAAAUGUAACUCGUAGCUUACCAGAAAGAACUCAAAGAUGCAAGCUAGGGGAACUUUCUGAAAUGUCUGCAAGCGAAGAGAAAGAACAGGCGGAGGGUGCCUUCAUAAAGGAAUUGGAAAUUGCUGCCAUUGGUGGACAUGCAGAACCGUGUAUAAGCAAGCAGGAUGUUGACUGUCUUCUAAUGAAAUCUGAUGGGGACAGCUAUGGUAAUUUCUAUCCCUGCCAGUGGAAAAUCUCAGAUGGUUUAGGUGCUACUUCAGCAAGUAGUCCUCUUCUGUCUGCUGAAACUUCACCAGCUGCACAGACACAGCACCAGCUUAGCAGUUUAGUCAGAAGUCCUGUAAAGACUAACAAUUCUCUUUCGGAAAGCAAUGCAUUUCCUAACUUUCCAGAAAAGUACAAGAGAGGGGCAUUUUCUGAAAAGUCUACAAAUGAAGAAAAAGAACAGGAGCAGGAUGCCUUCAUGAAGAAAUCAGUAAUUGCUGCUGUUACUAGAUAUGGAGGACCAUGUAUAAGCAAGCAAGAUGUUGAUAGUCUUCUUAUGAAACUUGACGGAGUCAGUUAUGCUCAGAAACGAGAUGCCAUUCGUUGUGAAAUUAAUUACCAAAAAAUGGUGCUUGGCAAUAGAGAUGAGAAUCUCAAUCAUGUUGGCUUCUCCCUGACAGAUAUGGUUGAAAAGUUGAAAACGGUAUUGCCAGACAAAAAAGAAAUUAUGUCUAUUAGUCUAACAUGCUGUGAAGUUAAGGAUAGCCAGAAAAAAAGUCAAGAGUGUGAUUUGCUUGUACCAGUUUCCACUGUUUCAAACAGUAUGGAGACCCCGGUUAAUCAAAGUCCUGGUUCACAAACUUGCUGUGACAGAAGCUUUAAUUUGGAGGAAGAUGAUAUACAUACUUACACAAUUGGCAGAGAGCUUUUGAGUGAUUUUUGAAGUUGCAGCCUGGAAAAUUGUUUCCCUGGACAGCAGUUUGUAAAAAAUGUUUUAACCACUGUACUUAGUUUGGCUUCUAGUCUUACUGAGGCUUGUGAAUAUUGAAAUAUUUUCAUUGUCCUCUGUACUCCAUAUUAUUUAAUUAGCCUAUCUUUGUGACCCCUGCAUUCGGUACGAAUCCAGAAUUUCUCCAGUUAAAAUCUGUAAAUCUGGAAUCAACCUGUCAUUUUGUAAUUGUUUGACUUCUAAAAUUGCAUUUUAACUUUGUGUACAACUUUUAACAGCAGUGUGUAUGUAUAUGCCCUGUUUUAAUCUGAG